CAGACGGCAUUCGCUCGAUUCAAACACUGAGUGCGUCUCUGCUGCGGUGCGUUGCGCGCAGGCUGGAGAGAGAUGACAAGAGCCCCGCGGAACUGGCCAGAGAAACAUGGAUCUCCGUAAAACGCUGAUUUCGGUGCUUUGGAUAUUAUUGCUGAACGAAGUGAAAGACUACAAUGCAGAAGAAGUGGUGCUGCUGAAUUCUAAAGAGACUCAAGCAGAGCUCGGCUGGACGUCCUAUCCCCCUAAUGGAUGGGAGGAAAUAAGCGGCGUAGAUGAGAAGUAUAAGCCCAUUCGGACAUACCAGGUGUGCAAUGUGAUGGAGCCCACGCAGCAGAACAACUGGCUGCAGACGGGCUGGGUGGCACGUCGAGGUGGACAGCGCAUUUUUGUGGAGCUCCAGUUCACUCUGCGUGACUGCAACAGCAUCCCUGGUGUAGCAGGCACCUGCAAGGAGACCUUCAACCUCCUGUAUGUCGAGUCAGACAGGGACCUUGGAGGUGUGACGCGAGAGGACCGCUAUACCAAGAUAGAUACCAUUGCUGCUGAUGAGAGCUUCACGCAGGGUGAUCUUGGUGAGAGGAAGAUGAAGCUGAACACAGAGGUGCGCGAGAUCGGCCACCUCAAUCGUAAAGGGUUCCACCUGGCAUUCCAGGAUGUCGGUGCCUGCGUGGCACUGGUGGCUGUGCGGGUUUACUACAAACGCUGUCUCGCAACCGUCCAGAACCUGGCAGUGUUCCCCGAUACAGUGGCCGAGGCAGCGUUUGCCACGCUUGUAGAGGUGCGCGGCACCUGUGUUAACAACUCUGAAGUUGACACAGACAGCCCUCCCAGGAUGCAUUGUAGUGCCGAAGGUGAAUGGCUGGUGCCUAUUGGGAAGUGCAGCUGCAGCGCCGGCUACGAGGAGGGACACAGCAGCUGUGAAGGUAGGGAAUGGAAAAUCAGAUAGUGGGAUGUGUGGAUACACGAAUAAGAAUGCAGCAAAUACAAGCAACGAGAAAGGAGUUGUGUCGGAAAUGAACUAAAGCAACAAAUCCAGAAUACUGAAUAAA